UCCCCCCCUUACACCAGGCGAUAAAAUAAUUGCCGAGGCCUUCUGAGUCGUAAUGAGGAAUCGACUCGGCGCUCCGAUGCUCUAACACUGAAGUGCAAUGACUCUAUGGUGAGCUCUUAGAAAUCGUGGUGCAAAACCAGACUACUAGAAAUUAUGCCGUCCGUUUCACGAUCAUUUAACUACCAAUUUCAUUUUUGUCUUAGAUACCAUGAAUGUCAAUGGAACGGGCGUGGCGUUUUCGGGUGGUGGCAUUCGGUCAGCAGCACUAUGCUCUGGAGUCCUGCGUAGACUGCUCCAGGUUGGAGCAAAGGUGGACUACCUGAGCUGCGUGUCAGGGGGUGGCUACACAGGUACAGCCUUUCUGGAUUGGAAAUACAGAAACGAGAGAGAAGCAAGGGGCAGCGAAGAAUGGCAUCAAGAGUUCUUUGAGAACAUGCGACAGAGAGCAGGUUAUCUGUGUAACUGGGAGAAGCCCUGUCAAGGAAUCGUUGAUAUGAUUUUAAUGUUAUUCCUUGUACUUACUGUCACCUUCAUUGAACCGAGUUUCAUUUAUGGAACAUACGCAUUUCCACUUGCCUUCAGUAUCGAUUAUUUCUUCGGAAAGUCACUUCGCCCCAAAGUGGAUUGCGAUCACGCUACGACUCAAGAACUCCGCAAGCAGUGUAUUUCUCGUCAAGGAGCCGCUUCUCUUGUUAAGAUUAUCCUCUUUUUAGUUCUGUUCGUGCUUUCUUUCAUUUUUUAUAUUCUGUCGCAAAAGCUUUCCGAAAAGAAAUCGAAAUAUCUCAAAAUUUUCUCAAUAUUUUUUUUUUAUUGUUUUGUUUUACUUUCCUCCCAUUUGCAAUAAACAAUUUCUAUAUUGAAAUCCCUCUGUGGA